AUGUCAUCCGCCUCCAUCAACGAAUCUCGCUCCGCCUCGGAAGCCAAAGUCUCGUCGUGGGGCUUCAACCACGUCUUCACCUGGACUGAUCGACCCAACGCACACUACCCACCACACUCCCAUUUAGGCCUCACCACGCACUUGAUUCGUCGAGGCUCACUCACAAUCACGUACCCAGACGACGAGAAGCCAACGAAGGAGACGUUUGGUGUUGGUGCACGGCUUGAUGUCGCGGCGGGGAGGAGGCAUGAGGUGUGGGUUGGGAAGGAGGGGUUUAGUCAGAGGCAUUACGAGUUCGGGGAGGGGAUUGACGGGCGUACAUUGCGAGGGCAAGCGACUGCCGAGACGAAAAUGUGA